AUGCGUCGGUCCCUCGGCAGUGCACGGCGACUACUGGUGGCGCGCCGCCUCCACACGCGGCACGAGCCCGGCGCCAUCUCCAUGGACACGGCCGUCCUCGAGUAUGCGGUCGACGAGGAGGCAGGAGUCCUCGACAUCCAGCACACGCGCACGCCGCCCGAGAUGCGCGGGCAGGGCGUGGCCGAGAAGCUGUGCGAUGCGGCCUUUGAGCACGCUCGCGGCGCGUCGCUCCGUGUCCUGCCCUCGUGCUCGUAUGUGAGCGACCGCUAUCUGCCCAAGCACUCCGAGGCGCAGGGCAUCGCGGUGAGGUCGGUCGACAGCGCGACGCCGGGCCUCUGCAUAUGCGUCUCGUGGCUCGGCGUCGCGAGCCUGCGACUCGUCGAUGCCAGGCGGCGCAACCCGCUGACUGCGGCUCUCCUCGCCAAGCUCCAGAGCUUUCUGGGCGCGUGCGCUGCCAUGGAGGUGACGCACGGCGGGCCGCUGCCAGAGGUGCGCACCCUCCUCCUCGAGAGCACAGGCCCGGUCUUCAGCUCGGGCCACGACUUCAACGACUUCCACGAGGCGCCGGCCGCCGAGCAGCGGCGCGUGCUCGAGAUGUGCGCCGACGUCAACGCGCUGCUGGCCGAGGUGCCGCAGGUGAGCGUGGCGGCGGUGAGCGGCGCGUGCGUGGCGGGCGGCGCGCAGCUGGCGGCCUCGUGUGACCUCGUGAUCGCGCGCGACGACGCGCGCUUCUGCCUGCCCGGCGUGCGCACGGGCGGCUUCUGCCACACGCCCGCGGUGGCGGUCGGCGCGCGCGUCGCGCCGCGCAAGGCGCUCGAGCUCGCGCUGCUCGCGUCCGACGUCGACGCAGUCGAGGCCGAACGCAUCGGCCUCGCCAACUCGGUGGUCCCUUCGGCGGAGUGGGCGAGCGCCGUCGAGCAGACGGUCAACCAGCUGGCGCGCACCUUCAGCAAGUCGGUCGCGGACGGCAAGCGGACCUUUUACCGCCAGGCAGCCGCGCCCGCCCUUCGUGACCGGUACGCUGUCGCCACCGACACGAUGGUCGACAUGUUCUCGUCCCCAGCCUAUCAGGAGAGCAUGGCCGCCUUCUUGAGGCGAAAGGAGUGA